UAUUCGAAUGGAAUAUAGGUAACAAGAGUAAAGAGAAGACACAAGUAAGGGAGAGAGAGUGAGAGAGAGAUCUAUCUAUUGUUCUGAUCAGAUCUGAUCUGAUCAUCCGAUUCCGAUGGCUUCUACAGAGGGUCUGGUUCCCAUAACAAGGGCCUUUCUUGCUUCUUAUUACGACAAACACCCUUUUACUCCUCUUUCUCCUGAUGUCUCUCGCCUUUCUUCUGAGAUUCGUUCACUCUCCAAUGAUUUCCUCAAUCAACAACCUCCUACACAAGGAGAAAGCAUACUGAUAAAGGAAGCUGAUGGCCAAGCUCCGCAUAAAAUUGAUGAGAACAUGUGGAAGAAUCGAGAGUACAUUGAAGAAACAAUAUUUUUACUUGAAAGAUAUAAUUGGCCAGAGGCGCUGAAACAGCAGUCCACACCUGACAAUGUUGAAUUUGCUGUUAUGAUUGGGAAGCUGAAAGAUAAACUUCAUAAUAUGUUGAAGGUUUUGGAAUCUUUCCAAAAUAAAAAUGCUGAACAUGUAUUUAACACAGUUAUGACUUAUUUGCCUCAAGAUUUUCGAGGAACCCUCCUUAGACAACAACGGGAACGCUCGGAGAGGAAUAGACAAGCAGAGGUUGACACCUUGGUAAAUUCUGGUGGUAGCAUACGCGAUCGAUAUGCUCUGCUGUGGAAACAACAAAUGGACAGGAGAAGCCAAUUAGCUCAGCUUGGUUCUGCAACAGGGGUCUAUAAAACACUCGUGAAGUACCUGGUUGGGGUUCCUGAGGUAUUGCUUGAUUUUACCCGGCAGAUAAAUGAUGACGAUGGGCCCAUGGAGGAGCAGCGACAUCGCUAUGGACCACCAUUAUACAGCCUCACCCUUAUGAUUCUUUCUAUUCGUCUCUUCCUUUCAUUGGCAUGGGCACGAUAUGGAGCCAUGACAUUAAAAAAGGAACAAAUGGCUGUGGUGGAAGAAGCUGUUGAUGUCUACACCAUGGAGUUUGAAAGGUUCCUGAAAUUUAUGAGUGAGGUCUUUGCAAACUCGCCUUUCUUCAUUUCAGCAGAGGUUGCUGGUGAUUUGGAAACAAGGAAAAAUGAUGACUACAAAGAGAUAAGUGUCCCAGCUGGGAAAGCUUAUGAGGUUUUACUUUCAGUGGACGCAGUAAACUCAUACAUUGCAUGGGAUUUUUCAUUAGUACAAGGCACGAUAAAUAUGGAUAUUGGAUUUAGUUUGGAGUUUGAAAGUCCUUCUGGGGAAAAAACUCCAAUGUUACCUUACCGCCGUUAUGAGUCUGAUCAAGGGAAUUUCUGCACAUUAAUGGCUGGAAGCUACAAACUGAUCUGGGACAACACAUAUUCAACUUUUUUUAGAAAGGUGUUACGGUACAAGGUAGACUGUAUACCUCCAGUCAUAGAGCCAGUGCAGUCUGACUUGAGCAAAAAUGCGGAAGAGAAGGCCUUUUGAAUGAGGCAGGAUGAGCUAGUGCUGUCCGACUAACUGAUUUGCUCUAGUAAUUUUAAUCUUAUUUAAAACAAAAGUUCCAUUUUCUUAUGCCAAGAUUGAUACAUACGUUCAAUUUAUUCCUCUGAAGGGAAGGGGAAAGGAAUUGAGAACAAAAUUAAUGUUUGUGUAAAACUGUUUUACAUUCAGUGAUAUCGUGUGGCUGUAGGAAAGCUGUAACUCUCCUGCAAUGGCCACAAACGAAAUCCUUGCAAUACGGAGUGUAGGAAGCAUAUUUUGCUUAGUCAAGUAAUCGUGCAUAUUCUACCUCUUUAAGUAAUUGCAGUCGAAAGCCAAACAGUUAAUGGGUGAGGAUCAGUGAUAAUGGUUUCAAGUUACAACAGCAGAUUAAAUAGCAUGAUAUAGUGAGUUUACUUUG